AGCAAAAUUAAGAGAAAAAUUUCUGGAGAGCCAGAAGAAAAUGAGCUGCAAACGAAGAAACAUCCAGAAAGACACAGAUACAGAUACAGCUCUGGAGACAUUGGAAGUAAGAUUCCUAGACCAGGAAGAACACAGAAUUCAGAGGAUGUUCAGCGGAUCAUCAGCAAUGGAAAUAAAAGUGGAGUGUAUAUCAACUUUGGAGGACUGGAUGCAAAUCGUAGCAUCUUCUUUCAAGACAAAGUUUAGUAUGCAUCCAGUCCUCCUGAAGGAUGGAAAGUAUGAACAAAUUCCGUCAGGAACAACACUAAGCAGACUUAGACAAAAAUCAAAAGGCAAACAUAAGCACUUUGGAUUUUAUGUUAAGGUGGAUGCAA